ACAGCUGUCUUUGGCUUGAAAGUGCACAAAUACAUAUGCAUGUUACUACAUAUCUGCUCGUGUAAAUGUUAUCAAGACAAGCAAUUAACAUCAGCGAUUGUUUGUGAAUGUGGCAUUGCUAAGACCGGGCACAAAAACAAUUGGUGAAAUUGGCAACCUGUGAUAUAAUUACAGGCACGCUUCGUUUUGCUGCCAGCAUGUGCACAAAAUAUACGGCUUGGAUCAGGUGGAAGGCAAAUUGACGCAGGAUCUGAUAAGCUGAUGUGAAUAUAGCAUGGGUUAUGUUACACGUGAAGCGGUGGAGUUGGAGCAGCAGUGCACCCUGCUCGAAGAACCAACUGGCGGCACGCCUGCUUCUGGCUCCGAUGAUGAAUCACAGCCAAGGCACAAAAUGCGUGCCAAAAGAAAUAUCCAUAGACGACAAAGUGUGUGCUAUUAUCUACCCAGAUGCUUGAAGAGAUUUGGCUGUUCCAUGCGCUACCAACUACUCAGAUGCUUUAAGAGAUUCAGUUAUUUUAUGCUGUGCAGUUUCUUUAUAUUAAUGCUGUACAUUAUCGUGCAGUACUUUUGUAUUGAUGUGCAAAAAAGACAUGUUUCGCUGUCCGAUUGGGCGGCCAACGUGUCGCUGGACAUUAAGGACUACAUACAGGCACAGCAGGAGACGGCACUCAUAAUGCCGCGUGACUUUUGUCGCAACAAAACAUUUCUAAUCAUAGCCGUCUGCACCGGUUUGAAUAACUUUGUGGCACGCCAGACGAUCCGGGAAACGUGGGGCAAUACAACAGAAUUCAAUUAUGCCGCCUUUGGCAAGCUGCAUGGCCAUAUGAAGGGUCAUUAUCUGCCGACAAUGGAUUCACGCCUGCAGCUCUAUGCCGAUUACCUAAGCGGUGAGGGUGACACCUUAACGGCCAAGGUGCGCAUUGUCUUCAUUGUGGGCCGCAGCAAUUACGAAUCCCAUCUGGGCAACGAGACGCUGAUACGUUUGCACAACGAAGCUGAAAUGUACAACGAUAUCAUUCAGGAGAAUUUCAUUGAUUCGUACAAUAAUCUAACAUUGAAAUCCGUUUUGGCAUUGAAGCACAUCAGUAAAAGUUGCUGCAAGACGUGCGCCUUCUUUCUGAAAUGCGACGAUGACACCUUUGUCAAUGUGCCGAAUCUGUUGCACUUUCUGCUCGGCGGCACAGUUCCCCUCUAUAACGAUACACUAGACUAUCAUGACCGUGGGUCGAUGGUGGUCAUGUCGCCGCAGAAUCGACUAAAUGCCACCAGCGGGAUCAUGCGUGGACAUCAGUUCUGCAAUGUGGUGCCUGUCAGCGAUGUGACAAGCAAAUGGUAUAUGCCCUACUAUAUGUACAAAGGUGAAUCAUAUCCCAAGUAUCUGUCCGGUGCCGGUUAUCUAAUGUCCAUUGAUGUUGUCGAGCGUUUGUUUGAGGCCGCGUUGAACACAUCGCUAGUUUAUCUAGAAGAUAUUUUCAUAACUGGUCUCUGCGCGAAUCGUGCCAAUGUUAAGCGGCAGCAUCAUGCACUCUUCAGCUUCGCCCACUCCCCGCAUUUGUGCGCCUUUAAGGGCAGCAUAACCCAGCAUCAGGUGAAGGCGGAGAGCAUGGCGGACGCGUGGCGUUUUGUUUCAAAUUACAGCAUACAAUGCCCGCCACCGGGACGUUACUUAAAUCAUAUGCGAUUAAGGAAUCGAAAUAAUUGUUAAAGCACAAGAGCUGUGAAUAUGCCUCGAAAAUGUUGGCCUCCUUCCAUAUCUAGAGUUUACAUUACAUUUCUAAUAUGAUUUCUUGCAUUGAAUACUCCGACAAACAGUUUUGCACACACCUUAUAUAACGCGUAGCUAUAUAAAACUUUUUUGUUCCUGAGAUUAUUUGUGGUAUUUAAGUGAAUUUUCAUAUUUUAGUUUAAAAGAAAAAAAUUCAAAAUAAUGUAUAAGGGCCGAUAUUCUUGCACACCUUUUUUGGGUGCUAUUAAUACUAUUUGAAAUAUUAUUUAACAAACGCACAGACUUGUUCAAUUUUCACAUAGUUAUAUCUACUACAAUCUGUUUAAGCAAACGCACAAAAAGACCGAAAAUAUGCACUAGUUGCAUAAUUUCAACUCCCCAAUACUCCACUUUAUAUGAUUGCAACUGGGUUCGUGACUUUUGUUUAUCCGUAUUAAAUGUGAAUUAUUUAUUAACAA